AUGCCACACCACAAAGAUGGCAAUGAUAGUCCAUCCGCAGAAUCAGAUGAAGCACGCAUGGUAUCUAAAUUCUCAGAGAUCAUUACCGAGUGA